AUACAAAAUCAAAAUCAAAAUUUGUCUUCAAUAUUUAUAUAUAUGCUAAUUUAUUUUUACAAUAAUUUGGUAUUAACCCACAAAAGCCAAACACAACAAAAACAAAAACACACCAACGACAAAAGAGUGAAAGAUAAAAACAACAACGAAAGAGCGGAGAGAGAGAGCAAAGGCAGAAGAGCAACGUAAAAGCAAAAGCAAAAGCACGCGGACGGAAGGGAGAUCUUUCUCGAUUCGCGCGCGGGAUAUAAAAACACAGCAAAAUAUCCAGGCACGUGUCCCCCCGCAAAGGACCGGAACGCCAGAGGGAGUGCAUCCUGCGCACCGCUCCCGACGAUACAUUCGGCGAUAGAGAAAGGUUUUUUCUCUCUGGAACUCAUAUAUCAUUUGGCUUUCAUGUGGCCGCCUGAUUUGGGCGAUUAAUAGAAGAAGAAAGCAAUCCAGGAACUGGAGGAUUGGCGAUUGGCUGGGAUUCACGAUGGCAUCGUCAAGAACUGGAACUGGAAGUGGAACUAGAACUAGAACUAGAACUAGUGCUGGUUCCAGCCGCUGGCUAAUGAACUUCCUGCUGGCGGUGGCCGCCCUGAAUCUGCAUCUGGAGGGCGGAGCCCAUGCCCUGCCCAUCACGUCGCGUCCGAUCGAGGGCAACGCCCAGCGGAUGGCCUGGGACGAGUGGCUGAGCCUGCCGCUGGAGCAGAAGAGCCUCGAGAAGGAGAAGAAGGUGACGGCCAAGUCGAUAUUCACGCUCCCCUUCCGCCACUGUCCGCCGGGGCACACGCUCUACAACGAGCACUGCAUCCCGCAGAUCAACAUCGACCCCGCCGAUCUGCUCAAGCAGGAGCUGAUCUACGCGAAUGCGGGGGCUCCCGGCUCCGGCAGUCCCACGGCCAUCAUCACGGACUACGACUACAGCGAGGACGGCAGCGAGGAGGUGUCCGGCGACGAGCUGCUCUACGACCUGGAGCCGCAGUCGCAGCAAACGACGGGAGAGGCCGGAGGCGAGGACCAGGCCCUGCCCAGUGCGGACGCUCCGCUCAAGUUUAAUAUAUUCGAAAAGAAGUUUCCCACGGGCCCCGCCCUCGGCGGGGAGUCCUCACCCGAGGAGUCGCCCGAGGAAGAGACAGCCAGGCUGCCACCAAUAGUUGCGGCCACAGCCACAGCCACCACCGACACCGCCACCACCACCACGCCGAAGCCCGCAACCACGACCACAGCUACACCGAAUCCAAAGCCAACUCCCAGCAAUCGCAUUCCUGCUGGAGGAGAUCUCCAGGCCGCCUCCAGCAAUGCUCUGUCCACGACGUCGUCCAACAUUGACAUUGGCAACAUUGCGGCCAUUGUGGUGCCCGCGGGGGGUCAGAUGGCGCCCCCAGAUGCCUCCUCGUCGUCGGUUCUUCUGGUGACAAGUUCCCUGACGACUGCCGACUCGAAUGCGGAUGCAAAUGAGAGUGGAAAAACGAAUGCCAGUGCGAAUCCAAGUCGCAAUGGAGUGGGGGACUUUAAGGUGAAUGGCAAUGCGGAGGCGGAGGCGGAUCUGGCUCAGCUGCUCAAGGUCGAUGCCUUUCUGCCGGCCUACGAGGGCAGCAGCAUCGAGCUGUUGCCGCCGCCGCCGCCCUUCAAUCAUCGCCGUGUGGCGCCGCCGUUAAGCGCCGAUCAAGAUGAUCCAGAAGUAGAGCAGGAGAUGGAGAUGGAGACGGAGAUGGAGGAGGAGACCACCACAGAUAUUGUGGAUGUAGAGGACGAGGCCACUACCGACACAACGGAGACCACCAGCUCCAGCACCAGCACCAGCACCAGCCCCAGCACCGUUGUGGAGGCGGAGACGACAAUGGAGGAGUCAUCGUCAUCGUCAUCAUCAUCGUCUUCACCUCCAUCUCCAGCCCAGCAUCCGCAAACGCAUCAGAAAGAAGAACCAGAGAUAGAUGAAGGUGGAAAUCGCCUGCUUUUGAUAAAAUCGAAAGUGCAACCGGUUCAGGUGACAGCAGCAGCAGCAGCAGCAGCAACAUCAUCCACAACAUCCACACAGUCCACGACAACGACAAUUGAGGCUGAAACCCAAGAGGCCGCCGCCACCGAACACGACCGGUUUCAUUAUCAGCAGAUCCCCAAAGAUGUGGUUGGCACAGCAACCACAGAGAUCCCCGCCAGCAGCAGCAGCAGCAGCAGCAGCAUCAGUAGCCACAUCUUGAGUGGAGAGUACCCUUUGCUAGACGAGGAGGCGGAGGAGGAGACCGACAAUUUAAUGACAAAUACCAUUGGCGGUGAGAUUAAUGUCGAUGAGGAAUUGCGGAAAAUAAACGAGCUGGUAAAGGGCACGCGGCGAUUGUUGCAGCAGCAACGGCAGCAGCAGCAAACCUCCAGCAGCAGCAGCAGCAGCACUGAGGCAUCAUCCACGUCUUAUGCCACAGAAAGUUCUACAAAUUGGUCAAAACUCAUGCCACAAGCAACAGCCACAACAACAACAGAGACAACUGCAAAAACAGCCGCAACAGAGAGCACUACUAGCACCUCAGCAGCAACAGCAACAGCAACAGCAACAUCUACAACGGCAGCAACAUCACAUUUAAGUAUUAAUACAAAUCGUAGCAAUAGAAAUAGUAAAAUAAUUAGAGUAGCGCAGGCGGAAGGUGAAACAACGACAGUGGCAACAUCCACAGCAGCAGCAGCAGCAACAACAACACCCAACACCAACACCAGCAGCAGCAGCGGAAGCAGCAGCAGCAGCAGCAGCAAGGAUGACGAUGAGUAUACACCAUUCUGGUGGCUGCCGAAUAUUGGCUGGCGGCUCGAUCGUCAGGUCGACAGGAAUGGCGAGGAUCGGGCGCUGUUGUUGCGUUUCUUUAGCACAUUUCGAGCUGGCGAUGGGGCCAUGGCCUCCACGCUGCCACCGCGACGCUAACAGCAGCCACAUCAGCGGCCGAGAGAGUAGAGAGAGAGAGAGAGAGAGAGUGCUCCCUGUGGCUCUGGAAACGAAGAACAGAGUCGCCUGGAGCAUCAGUGUGGAUCAGUGUUGAUCAGCGCCGAGCAGUGUUGAGCAGCGUAGGGUGUAGUGUCGUGUGUCAGCAACAGCGUUUUCAAUUUGUGUUGAAGUCUGUCCCCAGUUGUUCGUUCACCUUUGCACCAAAAACCAAUCUAUAUAUCUUCAGAUGGGGAUCCCCUUUGAAUCCCCUUUGUAGCCCUUUUACGUUUUAGUCUUUUAUUAAUGCCAAAACUCCCCGAGUCCCCGAUUACCCCGAAUUUGUAAAUAGCAACAACUAAUUUUGUUUCAUUACCAUGAUCCCCCUUUCGAUUGGCGUUACUUUCUUGAAAGAUUUUCCCUCUUCUUGUGUUACAAUAUUUAAAAGUGCUGCAUGUUUUAAGUUGUUGAUUUAAUUUUAGUCAGAGCUGUUUUUUUUUAUUACAAUAGUUUUAUGUGGCACUGCCACCGCCGCCGCCGCCGCUGCUGCUGCUGUCGUUGCUGCCGCCGUCGCGAAGCCUUAGCAAUAUUUAAUUGUGAUUAUUUACGGAAUAGAACCCCUAGAUCUAAGAACCACAUAAAUGUAUUUUGUAUAUCCAACGGAGUGGAGUGUGGAAUGUGGAACGUGCGGAAUGGAAUCUUUCGAUGUAUUGUAUUUUUUUUUUAUGAAUUAAUAUUAUUAUUAUUAUUAUUAUUGUAUUGUAUAAUCCAGCAUUUGUUGUAGCUCUGUCUCUGUGUAUAUAUCGUAUAUUUAAUUUUAAAGAUGAUUUCAAGAUGCCACCACAAAGAUUUGUAUCUGUAUCUGUAUCUUCUUGCUAGCAUUUAAGCGUACUAUUUAUGCUAUACCCACACACACACACACACACACACACACUCGUAUUGUAAACCAAACAAAAAGCUAAACUAAAAUCGAAACUAAAUGUAAAUGUAAAUGUAAAUGUAGUGCAUGUAUAUAGGAAAUAGAGAUCUGCGUUCGUUUCGAUCCUCUUGCCCCACUGGAUACAGUUCCUGUAUCCGAGUAUCCAAGUAUCUGUGCAUCUGUGCAUCUGUAUCUGUAUGGCCACGCAACGAAAGUGUGAAACGAAACGAAAGAUGCUUCUUUUUUUUGUCAAUUGAAAUUCUACCAACAACCAAAGUUCUGAAGAAAAACAAAUACGAUAAAUGCAAAAA